AUUUGUGCGUUACUGUCCGGCAAAGAACAAUUUUAAACCCUUUAACGGAAUGAACACAGUUUUGUUGUUAGAUGUUCUAGUCACCAAUUUUAACAAGGACUGAAAGCGAGUACAUUUUCUUCUAAAUUAUAUUGCGACAACCUACACGAUCAGCUGACAACGAAAAGGAAAAAUAAUUUCACAGAAAUUAAGACUGUCAUUCUCGCGAGGGUUAACGAGCAACAAAACCAAAACAAUUCACAAAAGUGCAGCUCAGCAGUUGAUUACGUUUACGUUAGUUUGCUGUUCUGGUCAUACACCAAUUGAUGAGACAUUUAAAUGAAAUUCGAUUAAUUGUAGUCUACGCGAAACAUCUGAAAAUCAAUUUGAGCAUGAGUUCGUCAUCCAUAUCACCUCCACCGAAAAAGCGAAACAAAUCGAACAAUCCGUCAACUAGCAGCGAGGUCUCCACAGAAGUAGAUUCGAAAGGACGCCCAAAAAGUGUCAACUUCAAGGAACAAUUCAAAAACGCUCGGAUACAAACAGCCGAAUCAGUGCUGGACUUUAAAUUCAUCAAGAGCCGUGUUCGGAUACUAUCGGCUAAUGGAAAUGUGCCGGAGAGUGCCAGGGGAAUUGUUUACUGGAUGUCUCGGGAUGCACGGGUUCAGGAUAAUUGGGCGUUUCUUUUUGCACAAAAGCUGGCUUUGAAGAAUGAGGUUCCGCUGCACAUUUGCUUUUGUCUGGUUCCGAAAUUUCUCGACGCCACAAUUCGUCACUACAAAUUCCUGUUAAAUGGACUAAAAGAAGUUGAAGCCGAAUGCUCAGCACUGAAUAUUUCAUUCCAUUUGUUAAUUGGCACAGCCGCGACGACAAUCCCAAAGUUUGUUAAGGACAACGGAAUCGGUGCCGUUGUUUGUGAUUUUUCGCCUUUACGUGUUCCCGUACAGUGGGUAGAUGAUGUACUACAUAAGUUACCGAAAACAGUUCCGUUGGUUCAAGUGGACGCCCACAAUAUCGUUCCGGUUUGGGAAACGUCAGACAAACAAGAAUAUGCGGCCCGUACAAUCCGUGGUAAAAUCAAUAAGAAGCUCGACAAUUUCUUAACUGAUUUCCCGCCGGUUAUCAGGCAUCCGUACGAAAGUGAUGCGAAAAAAAUCAAAAUCGAUUGGCAAACAGCGUUUGAUUCCUUGGAAGUGGACAUGACAGUGGAUGAAGUCGAUUGGGCUAAACCGGGAUACAGUCACGGCGUCGAAGAAAUGGAACAGUUUUGUAACCAUCGGCUAAAGAUAUUCAACGACAAGCGAAACGAUCCGUUGGCCAAUGCAUUGUCAAAUCUGUCGCCAUGGUUUCAUUUCGGUCAAAUAUCCGUACAGCGAACGAUUCUGACUGUUAAAAAGUAUAAAAAGUUGUAUCCUAGCAGCGUAGACGCUUAUGUGGAAGAGGCGGUCGUGCGACGAGAGUUGUCCGAUAAUUUCUGUUUCUUCAAUAAAAAUUACGAUUCAAUAAAUGGCCUUUCUGGCUGGGCCAAACAAACCCUGAUCGAUCACAAAAAAGACAAACGCGAAUGGAUCUACACCAGGAAGCAACUCGAUUCAUCCCAGACUCACGACGAUCUCUGGAAUUCGGCACAGAUUCAAUUGCGUCUGGAGGGUAAAAUGCAUGGAUUUCUACGAAUGUAUUGGGCGAAGAAAAUUCUCGAAUGGACGAACAGUCCGGAAGAGGCGCUGGAAAUCGCAAUUUAUUUGAACGACCGAUACAGUUUAGAUGGCAGGGAUCCGAGUGGUUAUGUCGGUUGCAUGUGGUCAAUUGGUGGCGUUCACGAUAUGGGCUGGAAGGAGCGAGCAAUUUUUGGCAAAAUUCGUUACAUGAAUUACAAGGGUUGCGAGAAAAAAUUCGAUGUUAAGGCAUUUGUUUCGCGGUACGGUGGGAAGGUGCAUUCGAAAGGAAAGAAGAAGUGAUUGUGAAUCGAAUUGUCUGUAAAUAAAAUAAAAAUUGUUGGUUGCAUUGGAGUAUUGAA